AUAUUCUGCUUCAUCUGAAGGAUGCAAUGCAAAGUCUUCUCACACAGAAUCUGGGAGAGAGACAGAGAGGGUGAGCCUGCAGACUGUUGUCCUUCCCUCCCAGAGCAGUGAGGAGAGAGAACUUUGGGCUGUGAGGUUGGAACCUGUGAACCAGGAGGUGAAACAUUGUAUCUCUUAAUUCCAAGAUCCUUAUCUCAACUUUCUAGGUAUAGCAGACAUGAGCUGCUGUGGAGCCCCAACAAGCAUGGAGUGGGGGUCCUAGGAAAUCAGAGACAUGUGGCCAGUAGGUGAUGUCCAGGAGUAAGGACCAACUGGCCACAGGUACCCCAGGAGGGAACAGCACCCCAAUGCUUUAUUUAUUUAUUACUGGUAUUUAUGAAGCACCAACAUAUUCAGAUAUCGUGUGCAUUGGAUUAAUCAUCCUGACAGCUAUACCCCUGUGAUGUUCUCAGUGAAGCGGGUGUAGCAGGAAGCUUCAGGACAAAGAUGGACCUGCAGAGGCUUCCAAAGCUCUGAGAUACAAGGCAGAGAUACUCCUUGCUGGACCUGAUCGGAGUUUGUAGCUCUGAGCUAAAGGUCAGAAGAACUUAACCCCCUGGAGUGAGGUCUAUAGCCCUGAGAUACAAGGCAGAGAUACUACUUGCUGGACCCUGUGGACAGUGAGUUUGUCAGAGCCUCAGAACCAGGGGAUACCUAGUAAUGUGACUGGGGGUGUGCAGACGAGCAUUGAGACACAAAGAAGUAUCCCAGGAUAUGAACAGCUAAAGGAAGGGGGUGUUUCCAUGUUUGGGAAGAAUGAGGGCUGCUCUCACUCUGAUUCCUUCGGUGGUGCUCCUUCUCAUGGGGAUAUUAUUGUGGGGAUGGAAAGGAGCUAAUCCCACAGCACAUCCAGGGCACCUUUCUCACAGAUCAACACGUGCAUUGCUACCCACUGUGCCCACCCAUCAGGCUCUGAGACAACUCAGAGCUCAAACCCCACCCGUGAUGGAGGGACUUUCACAUAAAGGAGCCUCUAAGGAAAAUUCUAAUCUCAGUGCACAUGGUCUGUCAAUGGGGACCUCUAGGACUAAUGCACAGUAUCAUUCCACUAGGACUUCCUCUGGCCACCCUUUAGAAGAAGGUAUUUUCUGGUCUUCGGCAGUGGAGCUGCCUCGGGGCUUCCCAGAGGAGAAUGUCUUACACUGGCAGAAUGGUGCCCGCACUGCCCGCAUUAUGUCACUCGAACGAGGAUGUGGUCGCAGUACUAACCGCUUGGCCACUCUGUCAGAUGGGAGUUGGGUGUGUGUGCGAUAUGGGAUUAACUCCGAACAGAUCAAGGGAGAGGUUCUGUCCUUCUACCUGUCUCGCUUGCUGGGUUUGGGUGGGGUGCCACCGUGUGUGCUCUCUAGGGUGGGCAGCACACAGUGGAAUCCAGUACAAGCAGAGGUGGUAAGCACAGGAUGGGAUCCUGGAUCUAUUGUUAGUUUAACCAAUUGGGUCCAAAACCUGAGUGCAGUUCUACCUCCCCGAGCCCUACGAGCUGAAGAUGGUCAGCUGCGCCCAUUGCAAGAUGAAUUACGCUCAGGUGAUGUGGACAUGGUGGAGCUAGCGCAAUGGGCAGACCUUAUACUGUUUGACUACCUGACUGCAAACUUUGACCGCUUGGUAAGCAAUAUGUUUAGCUUACAAUGGGACCCACGUGUCAUGCUAAGAGGAACCAAUAAUUUACACCGUACACCAGACGGGACAUUGAUACUGCUGGAUAACGAAGCUGGACUGGUCCAUGGCUACCGGCUUCGGGACACAUGGGAUAAAUACAAUGAACAGCUGCUUGAGACUGUGUGUUUGUUCCGCAGGGGCGUGGCACACAAGCUGAAGGAGUUCCACACAGAGCAGAAUGUUGCUCAAGAACUACAUACAUUGUAUAUGCACUCUGAACCCUUGGCUGAGGAGCUUGGCCUUUUGUCUGAGGCAGAGGCUCAAAUAUUGCAGGAGAGAGUGGGACUUUUGUAUAGCCACAUACUAAGCUGUCAGGACAGGUACAGCUGAAAAACAGGAUGUGGGACUUAGCAGUCAGCCAGUAGUGGUCAGUGGGGCUACUGUCAGGCUAGAUACAGCUUGGGUGAAUGGGCACUUCUGGUAUGAAUUUAGAUGAGGAAUGGGAAGUGGUUGGUAGAACAAAGAGGUUUUGACUGUGCCUAUUUAGACAUGUACAUUGUUAGGAAAUGUACACACAGUGGGAACAUUGCUGAAGCACUUAUAGCUGUUGAGGAACACUUCUGAGAUAGGUGCGGGCAGUGAGAGUAGACCCAGGCUAGACAUAGCUGGUAGAGAACAAAACUAGGUUGAGACCAGCUAGUGGAAAAUGCUAACGAGACAGCUGAUGGGGAACAAUCACAGAAAUAGAACUGACUGGGAACAAUAGGUCAGUUGGGUUUGGUGGAGUUAUUCAGGAGCAAUGCUUGGACACCUGGUGGAAACUAUUGUUACAUUUAGUGGGAAGACCUCCUUGGAAUGUUGUGGUUUUGGUGUUGUGCAAUGCCACGUUAGAUACAGUAUUAAGAUUGGUAUACCUCAUGAGUAAUGGCAUCAGCUUAGGCAUUGCUGGGGGGUAGACAAUGCAGCUGGGGGACAGUAACCAAUAGCACAGUGUUGCCAGUGGAGAGGUAGGUAGAUAGGUGGGUAUGUAUUUGCAACGCGCAUUAGCACUAGGAGCUUUUUCACUGACAAUUGCAAACAGAUAAAACCAGCACCGAUUGGCUCUACUGAGCUUAUGUCCCACCUUGGGCAUGGGGUGUGACACUCUGUCCCCAAUAUUAAUAUUCUGGGCAGUAAAAUUCUUAAGUUGGCUGAUUGUGAUGCUGGAGAACAAAAGAUAACCUUCAUGUGGUGUCUGGCCCAUAGAAUGACUUUAUACCCCAAUGCUCUGGCUAAUGCUUUGCCAUAGGGGGUUUAUUUAUUAAACAGUCAGUUGUAGUGAAUUGAAAACUGAAUUUUAAAAUUAAGGCCAAAGUAGUUGAUCUGGAAAAAAAAAUAUCCAAUUUCUUUAUAGCCAUAGUUUGGCUAUAUUAGCCUGAAUUUUGUAGUUUAGUUAUCACUGUUUAGUGAAUAAGCCUUUGUGUAAUACUCAGGGAGAUUUCUACAGAAAAGCUGGCAAAAGGCAUCACAGUCUAUUUCAGCAUGAAAGACUUGAAUAUAUUAUACUAAACGUCUACCUUCCAAACUACUCCCUUUAUUUGCACAUAUUCUGGUCUUGUCUGGAGGAUUUGCAGAUAAUCCGCCUUAAAUUCAGACGUAUUUAUAGUCACUGCUUUUAUGUGGGAACAUUUUAAACUUUACAAGAAGGCUUGGGACCUGCACCAUAUAAGCUAAUCACUGACAACAAACCCUAUCAUCCUUGGAUGACGGGACUUGAUGCCCAAUGUGAAGUAUGAUAAUAAUUAAGGAAUGUAUUAAAAUGCCAUAUUGUAGUACAUUACCAUCCAAAUAAAUUACAUUUAAAAAAAUAGCCAAGCUUUGUGACAAAUUUGUCGAAUUUUUCAGUCAGCUAUUUUUGCAAGUCAGAUUUCAAUUCACUACAAUCUAGGUGUGUAUUAUUAUUAUUUAUAAAGCGCCAACACAUUCCGAAGCGCUGUACAAUAUGUGACAAAGUUACUAAGGAGUGAACAUUUAACAAGCUAAAUUGCUGUCAAAUUUAAAAGGUUUUAUAACUAUCUCCAACUUAAAAUCAGAUGUUUUAUCUUAGUAAAAUAUUCUUGACUUUUCACUUCUUAGUAAAUAUCUCCCUAGAUGGUUGUGCACCUUUAAGACACUCCCUGAUGUACCAUUUUGGGUCUGUUUACCUAAUAAAACUGUGCAAUUCUAUGAUAGUAAGCUGAAUAACAAAAUGCAGGAAUAACAGCAGCAUAAAGGAUUGUUUUAGUUUUUAUGUAUGUAUAUAUUUGGUCCUCAGAUGUUGCACAUAAAUUUAUUUACGGCGUAUAUGUAUUAAUUCCAAGACAGGACCAAAACUGCAUCCUUCGUGAUGUGACUUUACAAGAAGGCUUGGGACCUGCACCAUAUAAGCUAAUCACUGACAACAAACCCUAUCAUCCUUGGAUGACGGGACUUGAUGCCCAAUGUGAAGUAUGAUAAUAAUUAAGGAAUGUAUUAAAAUGCCAUAUUGUAGUACAUUACCAUCCAAAUAAAUUACAUUUAAAAAAAUAGCCAAGCUUUGUGACAAAUUUGUCGAAUUUUUCAGUCAGCUAUUUUUGCAAGUCAGAUUUCAAUUCACUACAAUCUAGGUGUGUAUUAUUAUUAUUUAUAAAGCGCCAACACAUUCCGAAGCGCUGUACAAUAUGUGACAAAGUUACUAAGGAGUGAACAUUUAACAAGCUAAAUUGCUGUCAAAUUUAAAAGGUUUUAUAACUAUCUCCAACUUAAAAUCAGAUGUUUUAUCUUAGUAAAAUAUUCUUGACUUUUCACUUCUUAGUAAAUAUCUCCCUAGAUGGUUGUGCACCUUUAAGACACUCCCUGAUGUACCAUUUUGGGUCUGUUUACCUAAUAAAACUGUGCAAUUCUAUGAUAGUAAGCUGAAUAACAAAAUGCAGGAAUAACAGCAGCAUAAAGGAUUGUUUUAGUUUUUAUGUAUGUAUAUAUUUGGUCCUCAGAUGUUGCACAUAAAUUUAUUUACGGCGUAUAUGUAUUAAUUCCAAGACAGGACCAAAACUGCAUCCUUCGUGAUGUGACCAAAACUUUAUUUGCAAUGGAAUCUAAAAUGAAGUGACAUUUUUAUGAUUUUAUCAUAAACAGUAAAAUGUAGUAAGUUGACCUCUGACUUUAUUUAGACCAAAAUAAUCAAUUUGGGUGGAAUUAAAUGUCUGAUCUACUGGGGCCUUUUCACUAAAUUGUGAAUUCCAGUGAACUAAAAACCAAAUUUUAAAAUAUGGAAAAAAGUCUUUAGCUCAUCUAUAGUCGUAGCAUGGCUAUUUUGUCAAGAAUGUGUUUAAAAUGUGGUUUUUAAUUCACUGCAUGAUGUGAGUAAAACUCCUUUAAGAUUUUUUUUUUUACUAAAUAGAGGAUUGUGAUGAGUUGAAAACCAAAUUACAAACCAGAAUAGCUCAACUGAAACUGAACUUGAAUUAAUUUUUUUUUUUUCAACUUGUCUGUUUUUACCUACAUUUUGAAAUUCACUUUGUAUUCCAAACAAUUUCGCAAAAAUCUUGUCAGUGUUCAGUUGAAAGAGAAAGGUUGGAAUAAAGUACACUGUUAAGACUCUCCACUUAUUUGAAACAUUUCUAAAAAAAAUUUGUGUCUCAAAAUACACGAUUUCUGUACAUGUAAAAAUUAUGUCAGCUCAAACUUCAAUUACUUUUCUGUCUCAAAUCUAAUUUCUAAACUGCAAUGGAAUAUCUCAAAUCUAAUUUCUCAACUGCCAUAAUUAAGGAAAAUACUGCAUUUAUUAAAAAAAAAUUAUUAUGGUUCGACUUCAACCACUUUUAUCUGACUCAGAGAUCGAUUACGAUGGUGUGCAAAAUCUGGCACUAAAACUGCCUUGGAUUACAGCUCCUAUCAUGCGCAGCAAGCCAAUUACAAUGAAGCAGGGUUGGCCAUUCCUGGAUAUUAGGAACCGAUUUUGUUGUCUGAAGUAAUACCUUCAAAAAUGUGAGGGCCCAUCCAGAAAAGGGGUGCUUGUCCACAGAAUGGUUGUCAGUCUGGCGUCUAUGCAUUCCAGGAUGAUGGUUUAAGCGCUCUUUGCGUGAAAUAGCAUGAACAUUUCUAAUAAUGGGAAUAGUUCCCUGGUGUCCCCAGAUGUAGGGCACCAGUGAACUAACUCGAGAUGGUGGGGCAGGACCCAGAAAUAGGGACUGUACCGCCCAAAUCGGGACAGCUGGGAGGCUUGUGAAGUGC